AUGCAAAUAAACGCACCUGGCGAUUAUUCGAACAACUUUAUCAGAAACUUGGACAAUGAAAAUUUUGGCUUUUCAAUGACAAUCAGCGAUGACGGGAUUCUAGCCGUAUGUGCGCCACGAUCGAAAUUUCGCUCAAAAAUCGGAGAAAAAUAUGCAAUCACCGGUCGAUGCGUCUUUCACAAUGUUGAUUCAAAUGAACCCGCUCAGGAAAUCAUCCCUUGCAACCCAAAAGAAGAAGGACUGAAAGGCAAAGGCGAGGCUUUCUGCCAAGUCGGUCUUGGCGGAGUUACUUCUUACAGAGCUAGAGGAAACUAUACUGGCUUCGUGAGCGGCAAUCCUGGCGCAAAUUACGGGCAAGGAGAAAUCAGAAGAUUCUAUCACACGGAUCCGAGCAAUUCAAUGACGAAAUGGACGGUCGAUGUUCUCAACAAAGAUUUCUUCGAAGACAAGCUUAAAUUUCACCUGCUAAAGCAGCGGAUCUACAAAGAUCCAACUAUACCCACAAUGCUAGCUAAAAAUCGUAUUGUAACGAAACAGUACCAAGAAUACAUCGAAGAGUAUUAUGAUGGACAGCACAUGGGAAGUUCAAUCGCAAUAUUUAAAAGAGGGUUGAUUGCUGUUGGAGCUAAUCACCGAUUCAGAUACAAUCUUGUCGGGGAGAUGCUAUUCUACAAUUUGGAAAAUCAACCUGAUAAAAUUCGAUUCUCGUUGAACUCCGAAAAUUUCACAUCUGGGGCACAAAUGGGCGAGCAAUUCGGCGCCUCACUUGUUGUUGGUGAUUUCAAUGGGGAUGGAAAAGAAGACAUCGCUAUUGGCGCGCCAACCUGGUCGAGAAAUUUGAAAAAUGAUAAAUCUAUGGAAGCGAAUUGUGGACGCGUCUACAUCUUUGAACGAGUAACGAUCGAAAUUCACGUUGGUUGGGUUCGUGAAGCGAAUAGCUUCGAAGGAGGUUCUGCAAAUGCUCAGUUUGGAUCUUCCUUGACGACCCAUGAUUUGAACAGGGAUGGAUUUGAUGACUUGAUAGUUUCAGCGCCGCAUGAAUCUUCUGAAAUGAGCGAUCAAGCAGGCAGCAUUUAUAUCUUCUCCGGAUCCCCAGCCGGUCUACAAGAGCAUUUUUUCCAAAAGAUCUCGCCCGACUCCGGCCGUCUCCGAUUCGGCAGUUCAUUCGCUUUUGGAUCAAAGCUUGCCGCUGCUUCCUCGCCUCCUCCAUCUACCGGCUUACUCGCUAUCGGCGAUGCAGCCGCCUCCUCUGUCUUUGUCUUCGAAACGCUUCCCACGGUCAACAUCGCCCUUUCGCUGCCCAGAAUGAAUACUGCUACCGUCGACGAAAACGGUUUCAAUUGCAAAGGACAAAAUAACUGCUGGCAAGUUUGCAUGUCCUGGAACUCGAAUUUCACCGAACUGGAAAAUAUGCAACUUGAUUUCGAGAUCAUCACAGUUUUGGACAAACGAUUGUCUUGCACUGACAACUGGCUAUGCGGAGUAGAUGAAAAUAUAAUCGUCGAGCAUUUGACGAAAGUGUCACAAAAUGAAGCGCGAUGCUCAGACAGUGUUCCACUCAAUUACACCAUCAUUCAAUCGGAAAUUUUAAAGAGCGCUGAACUGAAGACAAACAUCACUCUGUCGAGCAUGGCCGAAAAAUUCGUCGUCAACCCCUUCUCACAAUCUGUAAAUACCUCAGUUCCAGUCCGAAGAGAAUGUGGGCAUGAUAAUUUAUGCAACAGCGUUCUUACGAUUUCCAACUCGCCUUCAAAGCUUGAGCCAAAGAAGCUCGAGUACAGAUCAAGAAGCUCGGAAAAAGAAGUUCAGCUGAAAAUUAACUUCGGAGUUGAAGAAGAUCCAAGCUACAACACAAUUCUUUCGGUUUCUUAUCCAAAAGGCUUUCGUGUUCGCUAUGGAAAACGGCGUUUCAAAAAUAGUCAAAAACGUCUCCAUCAUUACGUCAAUGACAAUGAAAAUCGAGUGGCAAAGUUUUCUUUUGGACCCAAAGUUGAGAAAGGCUGGAUUUACACGGAAAUUUCAUUCUUCGUCGAGCCAACAGGAAGAGUGAGUGAGGAAACAAUUUAUUGGAACGUAACAAAUGUCAACGAUGGUGCUUCAAGUAUGAUCUCUGGAGAAGAGGUCAUAUUCUAUGAGAUAAAACCUGACAUUAGGGUUCUUGAGGGGCAAACCAACAUCCUCUGCUCACAGCGCCAAUUUCUUGACAAUUGUGCAAACGAUCUUCAAAUAACCCAUUCUUACUCGAUAAUCAACGAAGGUCGUAUUGACGUCAAACAUGGAAACAUUUUAAUUUACUGGCCGAUGUACUCAUCCUCCGAGAGCAAAAUCCUCUCUUACGAGAGCCCCUCGAUCUACCCCGAAGAAAGCGUAGAAUGCGUUCUCUGGGACCAGCGCCAAUUCAAACCAAGGAACUCGUCGGUCUUUUACGAGCAUUUAGAUAAAUCCGGAGCUAUUGAUUAUAGUUGCGAGCCAAGAGGAGCAGCUACCUGCAUCACAAUCAAAUGCGAAAUCAAAGAUCUCCGACAUCGUGACUCAAUAGAUAUCUCAAUCAGUGGAAAUUUCUCUUCCGCCUGGUUCAAUGCUCACAAAAACGAUACAAAAAUAACAUCGAAGUUGUUGUUGCAAAUCCCAAAAGACGGAUAUGAAGGGAAAAUCCUCGCAAAAGAUGAGAUCAAAAUCGAGGAAUCUUACCUAACCAAAAUCAACGUUCAUCAAACUGUCCGUAUCCCACUUUGGAUCGUGAUUGCUGCUAGCGCCCUCGGAGUGACGUUGAUGGCACUUGUCUUUACAUACUGCUAUAAAGUCGGCUUUUUCGAUAAAUCAGAGAUGUAUUCUGCAGUUGCCUUUAUCGCGGGCGUUUUUGCCGAUACCCAAUGUGAAGCAAAGGGAGGAACAUGUACGGACUUCCGAUAUACAACUUGCCAUGCAGGUUAUGAGAGAUACAUUUGCAACGGCGAUAGUAAUCGCCAGUGCUGUCUAUUCUGCUCACCAACUUGCGAGGAGAAAGAACAGCUUGACUCUCAAAAUGACUCAAAAUGCACAAGCGCAGGUGGAGAAUGCAAGCAUGACACAAACUACUGCAGCGGCCAGUAUCAAUCUGGCCUCUGUGGAGGUGGUGCAUCUCGAAAAUGCUGUACUGCUAAGGCAGAUCCGGAGCCGCCCGUAGAUGUCGGAGAAGACUAUUUUAACAUUUACUUUGGAUACAAACUCGGCGGAAAAAUCUCAGGCGAGAAUUUCUCUUCAUUGGGCGAUGCAAAGGCAAGAUGCACUGCACUUGGAUCGGGCUGCUCUGGUGUUGUGAACGAUUACGCGGGACAUUAUUAUUUGUCAACGAGUUACUCCUUUAGCUCUGCUAGUGGCCACUACACGUACGAAAAGGGCGAGAAAUGGUCAGCCAGAUUUGUCCCAAGAGUCGAGUGGGAAGCGAGAAGCCCAGUCGGCGUUUCGAACUUUAACCUCCCUGCAAGCCAUGGUCUGAUCGGCCAUCAUACUGCUGGAUCUCACUGUACUGACAAAGAAUCAUGUAUUCGGGUUAUGAAGGGCAUUCAAAACUAUCAUAUGGAUUCUCGAGGUUGGUCUGAUAUUGGAUACAACUUUUUGGUCGGAGAAGACGGCCGAAUUUACGAGGGACGCGGUCAAUGGCGUCAAGGAGCGCACUGUAGCAACUGGAACUCGAACACUCUUGGAUUCUCUAUUAUGGGAGACUACAGUAACCGUCUCCCAAAUCAAAAUGCUCUUGAUGCUGUUGAUGAGCUUAUUGCUUGGUUAGAGCGAAGAAACUACCUAAACAGAAGCUGUUACGAAUUUGCAGGCCAUCGAGACCAUGGAAAUACCCUUUGUCCAGGAGAUCCUCUCUAUGCUCUCUGGGGAUCCGGAAAAUAUCCACACUGGCACGAAAGCUGCUAA